UGUUUACCCCGAGCUGAGGAGGAGAGCGCGUGAGUGUCGACCCUCCACAUCUGUGAUUAUUGUAGAGAUGGACAUGGAGGCUGCAUCGUCACCGCCAGCAGCAGCAGCAGAAAACCACGGCGGGGAAAGAAAGAGAAUUAUGACUGCCUCACACGAGGAGGCCAAGAGGUUAAAAACCGAGCAGGCGGGAGAUGGAGAGUUGCAGCGUGUACGUGCCUCUGGCCCGCCGAGAGUCUCGGUGCUGCUUGACCGCCUCCGGCAGCCGAUUACAUUAAGGGAGCUGACAGAGUUACUGCAUUAUGCUGCUCUGGGGAAAACAGGUGGCAUCAAACAGCCCAGUUGGUGUCGUCUUCACCAUCAGAAAAAGGUUCGCGGGGUAAACGUCGCCGUCGUGGAGGGCCUGACGCAGAGCCACUUUUAUAAACAUUACCUCACCCUGCAACACCUCAGGACAAACUACAGCACUAGAGUCACCUUCACGCCAUCGUCUGACAACAUCGCCUCAGGAAUCUUCCGAAGCGAAGUACCAGAAGCAGACUGUUCUCGUCUUUCCUCUCCUGAAUCACAACUGCAGAAAGUCCUGUACACACACCCCGUGGUCAGAGCGUUUGGGAAACAGAAAAGAGGACUGACGGCGUACGUCCUCUCCAAGGAGGAGAUGAUCAAGAAGCAUUACCCCGUCAAAGGGCUGAUGGGCUUUGAGGAGUUCGUGUGCACAGACAGCUCCGACUCCGUGACCGACCGCAGUCCUUUGUUUGGGCUGGACUGUGAAAUGUGUCUCACGGUGAAGGGGUACGAGCUGGCCCGGGUGUCUCUGGUGGACAGCGGCGGGACGUGUUUACUGGAUGAGCUGGUGAAACCCCAAAACAAGAUCCUCAACUACCUCACCCAGUUCUCUGGCAUCACCGCCGCCAUGCUGCGGCCGGUCCGGACCACCCUGCGGGACGUCCAGGCCAGGCUUCGGGCGCUGCUGCCGAGCGACGCCGUCCUGGUGGGUCAUUCCAUCGAGAACGACCUCUCCGCGCUGAAGAUCAUCCAUCCACACCUCAUCGACACGUCGCUGCUCUACAGGCGAGAGUUUGGUCAGAAGUUCAAGCUGAAGGUGCUGGCCGAGGCCGUGCUGAAAAGGCAGAUCCAAACGGAGGAGCGGAAAGGUCAUGACCCCGUGGAGGACGCCUCGGCGGCUCUGGAGCUGGCUCAGUUCUUCAUCCAGACUGGACCUGGGCGGGUGGUAGAGCUUCAUCUGGAGAGUCUGUGGGGAUACACAGUCGUAGACGAGGAGCCCCCGGAGUGUAAACCGGCGCCCACGCGCAUUCACAGGUUUUCUGACGUCCUGCAGACUCUCGGCCGCACCGUGGCGUUCUCCGGGAGGCGGUCCGACGUGGAGCUGGACCUGUCCAAACAGCAGUGGCACAAGUCGGACAAAGAGCUCCUUGCGUCCUUCCGGAGACAGACGCCCCGCCCCUUCCUCUCCGUCGUGCAGCUCUCCUCCGUCUCGGACCGCCUGAAGCUGCUCGGCCUCCGUCGGGAGCAGCAGCAGCAGCAGCAGCGUCGGACGGCGUCCUCCGGCCUGCGGGACAUGUGCGUCGUGUUCGCCGGGCCGUUCCCCGCUGGAUUCUCUGACAGAGAAGUGAGGAGGCUGUUUCGCUGCUGCGGACCACUUCAGAGAAUUCAAAUGCUACACAGGGUUCAUGCUCGAGUGGAGUUUAAGCUUCUGGAAGGAGCAACGCUGGCUGUAAAGACACUGAACGGACUCAGCGUUCAGGGCCAGGCCAUCAAGGUGCGGCGGCCCGUACACGAGUCCACCCUCGACCUGGACGCCACUCUGGACGCUUUGACGGAGGACGCCUCAAACACCCGCCACCUCUACGCUGUGAGGCCGAGCCGCGGCCAGGCCGAGGGCGUGAAAAACCCUCCCGAGAUGAACGGGCACACGCUGGAGGCGGAACGAAACGGACUCCCACCUGCCGGAACGGAGAGCCGACGCCUCCAGCUCACUGAGGAAACCCUGAGAGAGACAUUCAGCCGCUUCGGGGCCGUGGAGGACGUCAUCCUGCUGGCCAGGCCUGAGAAACAAGCAAGACAUGCUUACAUAAAGUUUGCGAGCUCGGAGGGGAAACAGGCGGCUCUCCGCUCCUCUGAGGACCUGCAGCGGGAGGACUACCUCGUCUGUCCGUCCGCGACUCCACGCCAUUUGCCCUCGUGGGUUGCCAUGGCAACAUCGACCGGAGCGGACGGGGAAGCAGCAGAGGAGGCGACUCCCGGACACGGCGGUUCUCAGGAUGACGACUCGAUCCCCGUGCUGCAGAAGCUGGACCGCCGCCUGGGGAAACUGUUCCGCUCCCUCCCAGAAGGCACCUUGUCGGUGGUCCUGCUGCCGGGACUCAGCAGCGGGAGCCGCCUCCUUCCCGGUUUGUGUCUGAUGGAAGUCAGGCAAGCGUCUCGAGGAGAAAGAACCUGAUCCUGAAUCAUCCAGAUGCAAUAAAAUUAAUCUUGACCUCUGACUCAAGCUAAUGUUGAGGUUUUCAUUUCUCU